AAAAACACGACACGAGAGAUCAAAUUAGUAGCUUAGCUGGGUGUGUGAGGACUUUGACUGUGUGGAACUGGGAGAGAUUUUAGUGUGAGGGAAAUUCCGCCUCGCCAUGACUUCUCCAACCCAUUCUCAGUCUCAAGAUCAAACCUUGCAUUCAAAAAACCCUGAUCCACCUCAAAACGAUGACUCUCAGGUUGACUCAAUUUCUCAAUUUCAAUCAUCUAAAACCCUAACCCUAGAAUCCCCGACUCCCUCUCAAUCAUCUAAAAUCAUAACCCUAGAAUCCCCGAAUCCCCCCAACCCAGAUCACCAUCAGACCCACCAAGACCCAGGCAAUCGCCAAAACCCUCUUGAUCUCGAUCAAAACGACGACGAGGUCGACGACUCAGAAGACCUUCCGGCUCCAUCUCCUCGAACCAGCGAGAGCAAUCUCAUGCCCUCACCGGCGGCUACUGCCUUAGCUACACCCAGCAUUACCUCUGUCUAUCGUCGUGGUGCGAAGCGGAAGAAGAUUGGUAAUAAGAGAAGGGUUCAGGAGAGGAAGUCCUUGCAGAAGCUUGAAGUUCUCAAACAAAAGCUCAGGCCCAUUCCCUUUGUACCCGUUAAAAGUCUGGACUUUUCGAGUCACGAGAAGCUUUUAAAGCGGCUUGGCUUGUGGGAUUUCGUUCACAUGGAGUUUGAUCGGUUUAUACGAGGCGAUUUGCUUGCUCAAUUGAUUGCGAAUUUCAAUCUUCCUCAGCGAUGUAGCUAUGUCUGUGGGGCUCGAGUUUUGGUCAACCGGGCCGAUUUGGCGCGUGCUUUGAAGCUUCCGGUGAAGAAAGUAGCAGUAUCUGAUGAAGCCGACGAGGCUCCGAUAGCGACGGAGGAAUCAAUUGCGUUUCUUGAGGAGUUCGUUUCCAAUUGGCUUCUUUUACAUGACGAGCUAUGGAUGAUGCCGAAUGAGAUCCUGAAUUGGACAAAAGCUAUUAAAGAUGGGAGCUUCGAGAAAGUUGACUGGGCUGGAAUGAUAUGGUUCAUGAUCGAGAAGGAGUUGAUGCAGGCGCCAACGCUUACUGAUUGUUAUUACGCCUCUCACUUGCAGCGCCUGAUAAAAUCACAGCGUGGAGAUUUACUUUUGAGUGAAGUGCCUAAGGUUGAGAUUGAUAUUGAUUUGAAGGAGGAUACGGAUGAUUUCAAAGAGGAAGAGGAGGAUCACACAGGUAAUGUCAAAAUAUCCGGGGAAGGUGAGGGGGAUCACAAAGAGGAUGUCAAAAUGUCUGGGGAAGGCGAUUUGUGUGGUCAAGGAUUGGAGGAGGCUGGUCAAGCAUUAGAGGAAAGCAGUCAUGAAUUACAGGAACAUGGCCACGAAGUGAUGGAACACAGCCAGUCAUUGGAAGACAGCAUUCAGGUAUUAGAAGAAAGUCGCCAUGAAUUAGAAGAACACAACAUUGAAUUGAGCCUUGGGCAGGAUAAUAUGGUUGAGAAACCUGAUGCCCAAAAGGAACAAGUUGCAGAUGUAAGCACAAUGGAUUUUGAGGGAUGUAAAGAAGAGGAGCAUGGUCAAUGGUUUAUGGAUCAGAAGAACAAUGUGAGUGAGUUUUUGAGACAAUGUAAUCAUAGUGAACUUAAGGAGGAGUUGGAUGUUGAGGAUGAAGGGAAACAUGAAGAAUAUGAUUUAGAAAUAGGACAAGAGCAAGAACAUCAAGAUGUUGUUGAACCAGAAGAGGACGAUGAUGAGGAGGAAGAGAUGGAGGAGCAAGGAGGGCAGGAUGGAUGUUUUCACUUUUCGCCGAAAAGCAUGGGAAUGGAUGGUUUGGCUUCAGGAGGUCUUGCUCAAUCAAUUGAUGCAGCUGAUAUAAGUCUUGGUUCAGGGAUGCCACUCCGUGACCCUUUAGCAGGGGAUUUUCUUCCUCCUAGAAAUGAUACUCCAAUGACAUCUCAUUUUGGAAAUGGUAGUAAGAGGGAGCUUGGAAUGAUAAAUGAUGGCUCUCAUCACCCGCUCAAUGCUAAUAAGCGCUUGAGGAUGGAUGGUUCUUGGGAUAAUGGUAAGUCAUCGUCUGAUACAGAUAGUGAUUUUGAUCAAAUGAUUCAGACAUUGGUGAAGCUAAAGAGUACUUCUGCUGAAAAGGAGCACGCCCUUCAGGAGGCUAAUGUGAAUCAGCAGAUUUUAAUGGAUGAGUUGCAGAAGCGGGAAAACAUGAUUCAGCAUAUGAAUAAGGUCAGUUAUGAGGAGGAACAUAAGAGACGAAUGGAGGUUUAUCGUCUUGAACGAGAGCUGUAUCUAAUGAGCAGUCUGGUGGAUGGUUAUAAGAAGGCUCUUAAGGAAACACAUAGGGCAUUUGCUGAAUACAGAGAACGCUGUCCACAGCUUGAUGAACCGCUUUAUAAGGAUGUUGCUGGGUCUGGUGGUCUUGUUUUAAGCACCAUUGAACUGGAGAAGCAGCGUCUCAAACGUGAAGAAGAAGAGAGAAGGAUUAAGCUCGAAAUUGAGAUGAGGGUUAAUAACUUUGGAGAUUGGUGGUCUUGCGAGUUCACAGGUAAUUUGGAGAGUGUUGAUGCAUUGGCCAACAAGUUGUUGAAUUUGGAGAAUGAAACAAAACUCCUGAAGGAGUCUUUUGCAAGCCGCAGGGUGUCAGAAACAAUAGAACCUGCUUCCAAUGACUUGGAACUUGCUCAAAAAGUCUCGGAACCUCCUCAAGAAGUCUCAGGACUUGCUCCAGAAUCUGCUCAAAAGGACUCAGAAGCUGCUCCAGAAUAUGCUCAAAAGGACUCAGAACUUGCAGCAGAAUCUGCUCAAAAGGACUCAGAGCUUGCUCGAGAAUCUGCUGAAAAGGACUUGGAACUUGCUCCUGAAUCUGUGGAAAGGGACUUGGAGCCUGCCCAAGAAGCUGUUGAAAUGGACAUAGAACUAGCUCUAGAGAACACGAAACUUGCUCAAAAGGACUCAGAGCUUGCUCCAAUGGACGCAGAGCCUGCUGAAAUUGAUGCAGAACUUGCCCCGGAACCUGCUCAAAAUGACUCAGCAUCUGCUCAAAAUGAUUCAGACCUUGCUCCGGAACCUCCACAAGCAGAGUCGUAAGCUGCAUUCUGAAUCUGUCGUUUUGGUAUAAUAGUGUAUAGAAAUGCACAUCUGUUGAUGGUAUUAUUUUGUCAAGUUAUCUAACUUCGUCCAUGUUUAGGUGCCCUUUGGCACUUUAUAUUCUGAUGUAGUCGUACAUGGCAAUAGGCUUUCUUAUUUUACAAGUAAAAGGAAAGAGGAAUUAGGAAUCUUUAACUGGUGCUUCUUUGUUGCUCGAAUUUCUUUCUUUUUAUUUUCAUUGAUAUAUUAUGAUGAAACGGUUGCAUAA